AUGUCGCAGCUAGAGGAACAGUUUCAAGCGCGUAUCGCCCAGGCCAAGGAAGCAGCACGUCUUGCUUCUAUAGCUGCUGCAGCACGUGCUAAUCAUGCAUUGGAUGCGCCGUCAUUCGCUUCGAUUCCAGCGGUUCCCAAUACUCCACUCGAUGUAACUCCUUCCUCCAUCGAAAACAUCCCUUUCGACGUCAAAAAUCGCAUUGAUCGACUCGUGGAAUUUGUGGCCCGAAACGGUGACGCAUUUGAAGCUGCAGCCAAAGAACGUGAGGCUAACAACCCAGAUUUUGCAUUUCUCAAACCCGGUGGGCCUUACUCGAACUAUUACCAAGCGAAGAAACAACAAAUGUGCGGAGCCCAGCAGGUGUCUAUGGCACCACCUGCAAAAAUUCCAGUUUUUCCCUUAUCUCAAUCCCCACUCGUCUCGACGGACCUACAUGAUAUGCCUGUAGGUGCUAUGGCGAACGUGUGCAAAUUCGCUCGAGCUAGUGGUGUAGAGGUCUACGCUCCAAUUCCUCGCGAAAUUAUUCUCAAUGUAGCGAGAUUGCCACCGGUAGAACCUGCAAGACUAGAAAUCCGAUUAUUAGAGUUUUAUCGUGAUAAUAGUGAGCUAUCGACCACAUCAGUGAUCUCCAACACAAACGAAGUCAAUUGUGCCAAGAAUCGCACAGAUUUGAAUCUUGAUCCAGUCGACAGAGACCCCGAUCCUCGUUGUCAAAAACUCUUGAAUAUCAUCCGAAUGUACAUUAUCGGCAACCGAUUGCGCUUUUGUUCCAUCCACGCCACUUUCAGAAACAAAAUGAACAAGCGGCAAUGA